UCCUGCGCGCAGCAUCGUUUAGAGUGUCAAUGGACACGCGGUAUGUCAAGGAGAUGUACGGUGCUUUAAUGUGAGUUCGUCCUUCGCUGAACUUUAUCAGAAUUCAUUCGUCCGCCCCGUCUGCCUUCCCAUGUCUUUGUUUGUGACGGCCCAUUGCUUGGAGUAUUUUUCCCAUCAAAAGUGCAGAUGAGGACCUCAACUUGCGACAUGGAGGAUAUUGUGGUCUUCAACAGGCGCAUUUCCUACCUUGGAGACUUCACCUGGAGCAGUGUGUCGGGGCGCACCGUGCCUCUGCAGCCCUCUCCCAUCCAGAGCCUGUCGGAGCUGGAGCGUGUCCGUCUGCAGGAGGUAGCCUACAGCCGCCUGCACCAGGACUACGACCUGACCUGUCAGGUCACCAUCCCCAAAGAUUGUCAGAAGCGCAAGAAGUCCCUGAGGAGGAAACUUGAUUCAUUAUCCAAAGAGAAGAGUAAAGACAAAGAGUUUGUGCCCCAGGCGUUCGGAAUGCCGCUGUCGCAGGUGAUCGCUAACGAUCGUGCGCAUAAGCAGCGGCACGAUGGCCACCGCGGAGCCGAAGAGCAUCGGGGAGAUGCCGCCUCUGACCUGGUUUCCUCCAUCCUGCACUUCACCACCAAGCGGCCAAAGGAGCUCUCCAGCAGCAACUCCUCGCUCAGCUCCACUUCAGAGACGCCCAGCGAGAGCGCCACCCCCGGCACGCCCGAUUCUGCACCACGCGCUCGCAGACGGGGUGGGAUGUCUGUGGACUCCAUCACAGACCUGGACGACAGUGAGUCUCGUCUGCUGGAGGCCCUGCAGCUCUCGCUGCCCACAGAGGCGGGCAGUAAGAAGGAGAAGCACCAGGACAAGAAGCUCAGCCUCAACCCCAUCUACAGACAGGUGCCCAGGGUAGUGGACUGCUGCUGCCAGCACCUGGAGCGAUAUGGUUUGCAGACUGUUGGUAUUUUCCGUGUAGGAAGUUCAAAGAAAAGAGUACGACAGCUGCGAGAUGAAUUUGACCAGGGCUCGGAGAUCCAACUGGAUGAGGAACACAGUGUCCAUGAUGUGGCAGCGCUUCUGAAAGAGUUUCUGCGGGACAUGCCUGACCCCCUGCUCACUAAAGAGCUCUAUACCGCAUUCAUCAACUGCAUGUCACUAGACCCUGUGGAGCAGUUCAGCGCCAUGCAGCUGCUGGUCUACCUGCUGCCUCCCUGCAACAGUGACACCCUGCACAGGCUCCUGGAGUUCCUGUUCACGGUAGCCGCCCACGCCGAAGACACCCACAACGGAGAAGGCCAAGAGAUUACAGGGAACAAGAUGACCUCUCUGAACCUGGCCACCAUCUUUGGGCCCAACCUCCUCCAUAAACAGAAAAGCUCAGAUAAAGAGUUCAUGGUCCAGAGCUCUGCUCGGGCAGAAGAGAGCACCACCAUCAUCGGGAUCGUCCAGAGGAUGAUCGACACGUAUGAGUCACUCUUCAUGGUGUCCCCUGACCUGCAACACGAGGUGCUGAUGAGUCUGCUGGAGACGGACCAUGACGUCGUGGACUACCUGCUGAGGAGGAAGGCGUCUCAGUGGGAGAACCCAGGCCUGCUGCGCUCCGACGACUCGUUCUCCCUGAGUGAGCGGCACUCCUGCAGCGACUCCAACAAUGUGUCCAGUGGGGAGGUCUCCCCCUACGAUAACAACUCCCCCGUGCUCACUGACCGACUGCUGUCCCCAGAGCCGUGUGAAGAAGACAGCCGGCCCCGCCGGCCAGACAAGCUGUCUCAGGAGGGCCCCGUCAGCGGGAGGCCGGGCCACAUCAGCCUCUCCUCAGCCUGCAGCACAGGCUCCCACAGAAGCAUAUCCCAGAGCUUAGCAGAGGGCCUGGACAACCAGCGCGGCCUGCAGAAGCGGCGCGCACACACCUCCUCAGCAGUGCUGGACUGCCAGAGUCACACGCCGGUCACACGGGUCAGCAGCAGCCCACAGACAGGCAGUUGCUUCAGCCAACCGCAACGCAGCACGGAGCCCCGCAGCCAACCAGGAUCAAGCAGCUUAGAUGACAUCACGCUCAGUAGAGCCUCCCCUACCAGAGCUUUUCACUCGGCCAAGAGUUGGGGCAGGCUGGACAGCACGUUGCCCCCUCCGUACCCAGGGUUCAACAGAAGGGCCAGUACCCCUUCACCAGCGGCACCCACACCACCCCAGGUGCCUCCGUCCAUACAGGUACCACGGCAACCCCCACAGAUCCGCAUCCCCGGCCCCCAGAUGGAGGCCUCUGACGAGCCGUCCACCCCAAAGGCCCUCAGGCCGCCCAACAGCCCAGGCUGGCCGGUCUGGCAGCGGGACAAGUGGCAGAUAUGGCAGCUGCUCUCCUCAGACAGCGCUGACACACUGCCAGAGACACUGGUGUGAUGCUGUGCCCAGUACAGCGCUCCAGUUGACCGUGUCUCUCUGGGCUGGACAUAAAGGAUGUGGAUAGUUCUUCUGAGAAUGUUGGGGCUUUGUUGUUGUUGUUUUUUUUACUUUACAUUUCCUGCCAAGUAAUCUUUAUUUUUUACUCAGCUCCAACAGUAGUUUGUUCAUUACAUGUUUAAACAUACCUCUAAAUGGAAAAGAUCACAUUUCUCACUGUUAGUAAAGAAUGGUUCUUUACAGUAAGAUGACUCCUCUAUCUGAUGCUCCGAUCAAACAAAAAAGAGUCAUUGAUAUGUCAAAAACAUGACCCAUUUGAAUGUAGACUAUUAUGCAGUGCCUUUGGUACUAUUUUUCUACCCUAAGUUCACUGUUUGUGGAUGCUGGUUUGUUGUUUGUGUGUGUGUGUGUGUGUGUGUGUGUGUGUGUGUGUGUGUGUGUGUGUGUGUCUGUGUCUGUGUCUGUGUCUGUGUCUGUGUGUGUGUGUGUGUGUGUGUGUGUGUGUGUGUGUGUGUGUAUGUGUCACAGUGUUUCCAUUUUUUGUGGAGCAACAGAGCAAUCCUAUACUGUAUGUCCUUUUCAGUCAGUAAGACAGCGCAGCGCACUUCACCUUACAGUAAGUGUGCUUGGCAAUUUGAAUCCCAAUGUAGUAAGUCCCUUUUGUGAAAUGCUGCACAGCACUCAGUAUGCCUGUUUGGCUUGCUGUUGGAGUAAGCUCAUCUGGAGGCAAUGUAAAUGGAUGACUGCAUUAUUGCACUUAAUUUUCUGAUAGAGCUUUUCGUAUAUUUUCUACAGCUAUAAAUGCUUUUAUUUUUGUCUUUAUUGUCACAUACGUUUUAUAGAAAUUGACAGAGUCAAAGUAUAUUUUAUUAGGUAUAGAUAUAAGUUAAACUAGGUGCUAUCCUUGUGCAUGAUAUAACAGUACUUAUAUGUAUUGACCACGUUCCCUCCCAAGUUUCUUUGUCCACUGUUUUAAAGAACAUUCUAUGCUCUAGAUGCUCUACACUAUUGGUUCAGUGAUAGUUUUCCUUUAGUUAUUGUGCACUUUGACUUCAGUUUACAGUUUUCUUCUUUACCCAGAAUGCAUUUUGUCCAUGUAUGUGUGCCUUGAAAUUCAUUGCAUGCUAGAAUAUUGAGCUAGUCUGCAAUGCUACUGGAACAUUCUCAGCUACAGUAAAUGGCAGUAAAACAUCCCCAGAAGCUUAGUGUACAAGAAAUGUGUGUUUUACCAGAACGAUUAAACAGUGUUCUCUUAAAGGAGCUCAGAGAGGAGAUGGCUGACACAAGGUAACACAUCAUAAAAAUAAGCAACUGUACAAACAGUGCAGUACUGCUGAGUUCUUCUGUGUCUGCUAGGCUGUCUAGCAAAAUGCUGUUCUAUUGUUGUCAAUCCAAUCACAAUCUGUUUCUUUCGCUAUUUCCUCACAGACAAUCUUAGUGUCUAAUUAUGCUUUAUGCUUUAUUCAAACUGUCAAAGACACUGCAAUUCAGUUGUGAUUUAUCAUCAGUAUGUCAUCACACAAUAAAGCUUUCAGCUCCCUAGUCAUCACAGAAAGUUCAGUAGGUGCCUGUAUUUAUCUUUUAACAAAAUGGAAAUGGUCAAUUAUCGCAGCCAUAUGUCUAAAGGAACUCUAUGGUUGUGACUCAGAGAUGUAUUGUUCAUUAUGCUUUGGUUAAGCUCUUUAAUCUGUCACACUGACAGUAACACUCUGUGACACUGAUCCUUUCAUUUGUGUAUGGGGAGGGAACAGAGGAAAAAGUGAAUCUGCAUUGUAGACUCAAUUGAAAUCAUGUGUUGCUUAAAGCGAAGCAGUCAUAAAAAUGUGGUUGGCAAAAAAAGAUGUGCCUGUAUUCUGGUCACAAUAAUUUGUUAAAAAUAAAGUGUUUCUUUCUUCUUUCUGUUGUUUACUUAUCCAUGUUUUAUUGUCCUGUACUGGUCGAGUCAUCUUUUCAUUUGUAAUAUGCAUUGUCCUAAAGGCUUUCUUGAUGUAAUAAAGCUGCUUAGCUGCUUUCUAUU